AUAUCUACUACACUUGAACCAACAGCAUCAACUAUAUCUGUACCUUUCAUACCAAUCUCCAUGUCUACAGCACCAGUGACAGAAUCUACAUCAUCAAUAACACUAACAAUAUCUACUACACCUGAACUAACAACAUCAACUACAGCUGCACCUAUAACUUCUACAGGUUAUUUAUCAGAAUCUACAAGAGCAGCUACAAAAUCAACUACACUAACAAUAUCUACUACAUCAGAACACGCUUCAUCAACUACAAAUACACCUGUUACACCAACCUCAGAGUCUAUAACGCCAUUAGCAUCUGAAUCUACACAAAUAAAAUUAACAACCUUUACACCAACUACAACUGAUACACCAACAGUGGAAACCCCUGAGUCUUUCACAAGUGAACCAGCAAUUACAAUAGUAUCUACAGCAUCUACUGAGUCUCCAACACCACCAGAAUAUGAUACUAUGGCAACAUCUACAAAUGAAACUACAGAGCCACCUAUAACAUCAAAAAACAUGUCUACAGCAAUCACUGAGUCUAUAAUAUCAAUGGCCGAGUAUGUAACCAACACAUCCGAACCAAUAACGUCGACCAUAACUGCAUCAACAUCAAUGACUCCAUAUUCUACACCUACAUUUGAAUCAUCUACAUUAGCCACUACUGCAACAGUGACGGCAUCAUCCACCACAUCUACUACUUAUACAGUAGCUGAGAAAAUAUCAACUACUACAUCAACUGAUACAACAGAAUCUACUACUCCAAGUAUAACACCAACAUCAUCCACUACAAGCGUAUCUAGUACUCCUACACCAACUAGGACAACAUCAACUACUACUCCAAGUAUAACACCAACAUCAUCUACUACAAGUACAUCUACUACUCUUACAGAAAAUGGGACAUCAACUACUACUCCAAGUAUAACACCUACAUCAUCCACUACAAGUACAUCUACUACUCCUACAGCAAUUAGAACAUCAGCCAGUACUCCAAUCAUAACACAAACAUCAUCCACUACCAGUACACCUACUACUCCUACAGCAACUGGGACAACUACUACUUCACCUGACACCAGUACAAACUCUACUAAUCCAAUUAUAAUACCAACAGUAACCACUACAAGCAUAAUUACUACUCCUACAGCAGCUAGAUCAACAUCAACUACUACUUCAGCUGAUACCACUACAGAAUUUACUACUCCAGUAAUAACAUCAACAUCAGCCACUAGCAGUACAACAAUGACCUCAACAUUAUCUUCUUCUCUAAGACCUAACACGACCACAACAUCAUCCAUCCCUUCACCUUGGACCUCAACAUCACCCACUACUCCAACUACAACCACAUGGAAAACUUCCACUCCAAUAUCGAAUCUUACUUCUAGUAGCAUGAAGCCAAAUCUUUCCACUGAAACCAGUAGCACGUUAUACUCUUCUGCUCCGGGAAGGAAUACAAUUAAUGCGGUUGUACUUAGGGUCCAGCUGACGAGUGCCCCUCCCAUAGACUUGGGUCUAUUACUACAGCAGGUGUGCGAGAUGCUGUCCAUGGAGCUGGGCAGUGGAGACUUCACACUGACUUAUGGCCACAUCGGGAUCUCCAGGGACUGUAGGUCCUCUCUGUACAGCAGUGGGUAACCUGGACACCCCCCCCCCCCCCCCCCCAGUCAUGCAGAUACAAGGACCUCCCAAUUCUGCUGCUAUCCACAAGAUAUUUAUUAA